GGUUUAGGGGGCUCCCCGCCUUCCCGCCUUGCUGUGUGUGGCUUGUGGACUCCCUGAGCGAAAGCGGCCGCGGCCUUUCCGGGGGUGGGGGCUCGGCUGACGCACGCGUCUCGCAUGGCGGCGGAAGGCCCUGCGGGCUCAGCUGCCAUGGCAACGGUGCCUGCCGUGACAGAGCGGUAUUUUACCCGCUGGUACAAGCCAGAUGUAAAAGGUAAUCAGUGUGAAGACCAUUGCAUAUUACAACAUUCCAACAGAAUCUGUGUCGUCACUCUUGCAGAUGCCCACCCUCUUCUUCAAAAGGGGAAACGAAUUGAACGUAUCAAUUACCAGAUCAGUGCCAACUGCAGCAGGUUGCAGAAUAAAGUUUCUGGAAAAUCUAAACGGGGAGCUCAGUUUCUAACAGAACUUGCCCCCCUGUGUCGAAUAUCCUGUUCAGAUGGAGAAGAAUAUACCAUAUAUAGCUGUAUAAGAGGAAAAUUAAUAGAAGUGAAUGAAAAUAUUCUGGACAAUACAUCUCUCCUCCAAGAAAAGCCUUUCACGGAGGGAUACAUUGCAGUUGUACUCCCAAAGUUUGAAGAAAGCAAGAAAAUAACUGAAGGGCUUUUGACGCGGAAAGAAUAUGAAGCAGUUUUGUCAAAACGGUUUAAUUCCAUUCCAUGAUACAAUACCAAGAAUGAGAUCUACAUAUAUUUCGUAACAAAAAUAUGAAUUCUGUAAGACACUUUCCAGUAUAUCCCAUUAUAGUAACUUUCAUAUUUUAAAAGUGGUGAAAAUGAGAUAAAAAUUCUGUGAUUUUGCAACAGCAACAUUAUUGAUAAAGUUGUUCAUUUUCAGCCAAAUGAGGCACAAUAAAGACAAUUUCAGGCACUUGUUAUAGUAUGAAAUGUGCUUAAA